AUGGAAAUAGGCUACGGAUGGAGAGGGACAAGGAGAUGCACGCACCGUUAUUGGGGUGAUUUCGAUCUUGCGGCGACCCAUGGCGCGCGUCUUCGGACGUGGUCAAUGAAAUGCAGUUAUGCAGUAGUAGAGCAGCGGGUUGUGUUGGACACAGCAACGAAUAUUGAAGGAGUUGUUCUUGCGACGGCAGAGUGUGCGGUGGAAGCUAGUCGCGAGAGAGAGGGGAGAGAUGGCGGGAAGAAAGCAAGAGAUGUUGAGAGAGGAAAGCGGAAGGAUGGAACGGGGGCGGGAGAGUGGAUGAGCGAACUGAGCGUAUCGAAAGCGUACAAUUAG